AGGUGGAGAAGAAACAAAAACAAUCGCUCGAGCGCCGCCAUCUUGGCUCGCUUCUCUCCACCACGCAAGUGAAUGGGUAGCUAUGAAAUUACCACAGGGGAGCGGCAAGGGACGGAGGGCUACUCAGCGCUACCAGCCGGGCCUGCGCGACGAUAAAAGCGGCGCUUUCCCUUUCCUUCUGUUUGCCUUCGGUUUCCGCCGCCGCCUCCUCGAGGGAAGAAAAUCUCGGCAGGGCCCUUCCUUUUUCUCGCCGGCGGCUGUUCAACUUCGCUACCCAGAACUCAAAGUUGGGCUUAGCCGCCUUAUCUCCGACGCCUCCGCCAGCCAAGAGACCGAAGGGUUGGACCUCGGAGCCUCGGGCUUUUCGCAGCCUGGGAGGAAGAGUUAGGAGGAGGAGGAGAAAGGCGAGGGGCUCCUCGACCGCUUGCCUGCCCGCCCGCCUGUCCUCCCUCCGUUGUUCUCGCUGCACGGGCUAGUCUGGUCUACGCUGCAUAGGGAGGCACAACGAGGGGAGAGGGAAAAGGCGAGCGAGGAUUGACCGGGCUCCGUGCCCUCGCCCGCCCCGUUCUCAUCCACUCGCUGCGGGCGUGAAGAAAAGGGGGGAGGAGGAAGAGGAGAAGAAGAAGGAGGAAAAAGGGAGGCGAAGCAAACAAAAACCAAGUUGGACCGCCGACGAAGAAGAAAAAUAAAAAACCCGCCUGCCUCCAAACCGAUCGAAGGGUGGUGGUGGGGAGAAAGGGGGGGGCAACCUUGGUGGUAAACGGUGAGCCGGUGAAGGUUGAGAGCGGAGGGAGGGCCAGCCGACAAACGCCUCGACGAGCUUGAAGAGGGUUUUGUUGCUUGUGGAGAACAGAUUUUAUUUAACCCGCCAGCUUGGCCGCUCCAAAAAGACCGAUAUAUCCUUGUUUGAUCUCAGAGUUUCUCAGAGCAUUCGCUUCACCUGCUUUUAUUUGAGACGUUUUUAUGCUUAACUGCUUCAGGAAACCUCUUGGAAGGGUUUUUUUUUUAAUAGAUUUUUUUUUAGAACCGUGAAAAGAAAAAUCACUUUGUAACAUCUGGAAAGAGCAUCGCCUCCUUCCCACCCACCCUCCCUCCCUCCCUCAUUUUUGUGCGAUUUCAAAUACCAAAUACAAAGGCGGUUUUUAAGUGUAGUUCGGCCACUUGAAUAAUGGGGGAGUUCUUUUAAGAGUUGGGGAGAAGCCUGGAAUCUCUCGGGCAAAUGAGAAAAAGACCGUGAAAACAAACGGAUGGAAUAAACAAGGGAAGCAUUUUCCUAGUCUCUAGAGGACUCCAUUCCUUCCUUACAUGUGUGAUUUUACAGAGGACUGAUUACCUCUUAUUUCUGCUCUCUUGUUUGCUCUCAGCAUUUGUUAAUAGGAAACACCAGUGUUUUACAAAUUGGUUUCCUAUUGGUUGUUACGUCGAAGUCAUAUUUAUUUUGACACUUGAAACGAAGACGAAACUAUUUCUCAUCCAGAUACUACAUUGUGUAAAAGCAGUGUGAAGACAAGAGUAUUGUUUACUAAUAUUUGUGCGCCUUGCCUGUUUCCAGGACACAUGGGAAAUACGAUUUGACACGAGAAAAUACAGUGUGCUUCAGGACAAUUAUUAGUUUUAACAUUCAACUACUUCAUUGUUGAAUGUUCAUCUUUUAACUUGGAUAGUUAACAUCCUCUUAUGAAUUGGAUUUUUUGCCAUUGUUAGAGCAGAAGCCAAAUGAUGUGUUUCCAAAUGUACUGGAGGGUCUAUUGAAUAAGAGCUAGAGAGACUAUAUUAUAGAAGCUGAAUUUCAUUCUUAUGGAUGCAUUAUUUUCCAAAUACAUUAUUAUCAUUUUGAGGAAGUGACAGACGGAUUUUCGUAUUUGUAAGAUCUCAGAAACUGGAUAUAGCAUUUCCCCCCCAUUGAUUCUAACAGUUUGGAAAAUGGGAGCUGCUACAAAGCUGGUGUUUGCUGUUUUUCUUAUAUCUUGUUCUUCAGGUGCCAUACUAGGCAGAUCAGAAACACAGGAAUGCAUCUUCUACAAUGCUAAUUGGGAAAAUGAUAAGACAAAUCGUAGUGGCAUUGAACUGUGCUAUGGUGACAAAGAUAAAAGAAAACACUGCUUUGCAACAUGGAAGAAUAUCUCUGGAUCUAUUGAAAUUGUGAAAAAGGGUUGCUGGUUGGAUGAUAUUAAUUGUUAUGACAGAACUGACUGUAUAGAAAAGAAAGAUAGCCCUGAAGUCUUUUUCUGCUGCUGUGAGGGCAACAUGUGCAAUGAACAUUUUUUCUACUUUCCAGAGAUGGAAGUCACACAACCUACUUCCAAUCCUGUGACAACUAAACCACCCCUGUUUAGUACCUUGCUUUACUCUCUUGGACCUAUAAUGGGAAUCGCAGUGAUUGUACUCUUUUCAUUCUGGAUGUACAGACACCACAAAUUAGCAUAUCCUCCAGUACUUGUACCAACCCAAGACCCUGGACCACCACCUCCAUCACCAUUGAUGGGCCUAAAGCCAUUGCAGUUACUAGAGAUCAGAGCUAGAGGAAGAUUUGGCUGUGUCUGGAAAGCUCAGUUGUUAAAUGAAUAUGUUGCUGUGAAAAUAUUCCCAGUGCAGGAUAAAGAAUCAUGGCAAAAUGAAUACGAAAUAUACAGCUUACCAGGAAUGAAGCAUGAAAACAUACUACAGUUCAUUGGUGCUGAGAAACGAGGCACUAGUAUUGAUGUUGACUUGUGGCUAAUAACAGCGUUUCAUGAAAAGGGUUCACUUACUGACUUCCUGAAGGCUAAUGUAGUUUCAUGGAAUGAACUCUGUCAUAUAGCUGAAACUAUGGCAAGAGGUUUGGCCUAUCUCCAUGAAGACAUCCCUGGUCUAAAAGAAGGGCAUAAACCAGCUAUAUCCCACAGGGACAUCAAGAGCAAAAAUGUGUUAUUGAAAAAUAAUCUUACUGCAUGUAUUGCUGAUUUUGGACUUGCUUUAAAAUUUGAGGCUGGGAAGUCAGCUGGUGAUACCCACGGUCAGGUUGGUACCCGAAGAUACAUGGCUCCUGAAGUAUUAGAAGGUGCUAUAAACUUCCAGCGAGAUGCAUUUUUGAGAAUAGAUAUGUAUGCGAUGGGAUUAGUUCUGUGGGAAUUGGCAUCACGAUGUACAGCAUCCGAUGGACCCGUGGAUGAGUAUAUGUUGCCUUUUGAGGAAGAAGUGGGUCAGCAUCCUUCUCUGGAAGAUAUGCAGGAGGUUGUGGUACAUAAAAAGAAGAGGCCUGUUCUGAGAGAGUGUUGGCAGAAACAUGCUGGAAUGGCAAUGCUCUGUGAAACAAUAGAAGAGUGUUGGGAUCAUGAUGCAGAAGCUCGAUUAUCAGCAGGCUGCGUAGAGGAAAGGAUUAUCCAAAUGCAAAGACUAACAAACAUUAUAACAACAGAAGACAUUGUGACUGUGGUCACCAUGGUGACAAAUGUGGAUUUUCCUCCCAAAGAAUCCAGUCUAUGAUAGUAGCAGCGGUCACUCUUCUUGACCAAUAAGACUCAGCACUGGAACUGCCAAGUCAACUGGCCUAUUUCUGGUCAGUAAUUUUCAGCAUGAAAUAAUGGUAAAUCCGUCUCUGAAGUGUCAGUAGGAAGAUUCCUCUUUGUUCUUCUCCAGACUUGGAUCCAGAAGACUUACUGCAUAUGCCGGAGAAAAUGGCAAGAUAAUGUUAAACGUACCUGAAGAACAUGGACCUAUCUCGGCUUGUCAGACAUUUUAAAAACUGACAUUGUAUUUCUUAACAUGUCAGACUAAUUCCUUAAAAUGAACUACUGCUAUUUUUUUUAAAUCAGACAUUUCAUUUCAGAUUUAAGAAAAAGGGUAACUUGUUUUUAUUGCAUUUGCUGUUGUGUUUAUAUAAAUGACUAUUGUAAUGCCAAUAUGACACAGCUUGUGAAUGUUUAGUGUGCUGCUGUUCUAUGUAAUCAAAGUGGGAUCUAGCAAAAAGGCUUCCAAGCAUUACUUAACCUCCCUCAACAAGGUAUACCUCAGUUCCACCUAUGCUAAAUUGAAUUGACAACACUAAUAAAACUGAAAUAAUAAAUUGAUCCAGUUUUUAUAAAUGAUGCAUUUAAAAAAUCCAUGGUGUAUUUUUUCAAGGUUAUAAGCUGUGCUUCAUGCCAACAGUCCAUGGCCAUUCCUAAAAUGGUGUGUUAGUCUUUCCUUGUUCUAGUUUGUGUGUAAAAAAUGUAUUGCCUUUCCAAUGACGACUUCCCCAAUUAGUUAAAAGCUUUAUCUCCAGUUCCCGAAAUAGUGUAUACAUUUAUUUUACUAAAUAUUUAGGUUUGCUGUGUCUGAUGGGAAUUUGAAAAUUUAAGCAUGAUUUUUUUUAUUAUUAUUUUAUUGAGCUCUGGCACUGGAAAGCUCUUAACAUUAAUUCUUUCAAAGAAGCUGUUUGCUGUUUCAUGUAUAUUUUGUCUAGUGUUAUUUUCUAUUUCACUAAACAGGAUACAGUGGGUUGAUCCAAACAGAGACGCAUGCAACAAGAUGGUGGAAGCUACCCUACCUUCCAUUCCCCUCCCCAGCAACCCAGCCCCUGCCACGUACAAAAGGGGUUCAGAAACUCCUACAGCUAUUUGUGGGGGCUGCUGUUGGAAGGAGGUGGCAGGGAGAAUGUUUCCAACCACCUGUGUGUGGGUCCAGCCCUGGACAUAACUCUAUUUCCACUGUGUUGUUGUUUCAGGAUCACCUCAGGAAGCUUCAUGACCUUGAACUCCACAUACUUUAUAUCUGUUGCCUUUUUGUCAUUUCACAUCGCUUGAUUUUUUUUAUUAUUAAUAUUUUUGUGCCGGCUUGUCAGAGGAACAUUGAUCAGUGAUACAUAGGUUUAACUUGUGGUCACUAAAAAAUUAAAACUACACUCUCUCUUAAAAAAAAACACCUUCUUGCCAUUCACAGUUACUUCAGUGGAAAUGAUAAUGUAGCAUAGUCUAGGGAGGAAAAAGAAAACCUACAACUUUGAACUACUGAAUUGAAGGAGUUAUAGGGAUUGAUGAUGUGGAGCCCAUCCAUUAAGAAGACUGUAGCAAAAGGGGCAGAAAGUAGGCAGUGCCAAAGUACUUUUAAAAGGCAGUAAUAAUACACUACGAUUAUUUGAAUAGUUUAUAUGUAUACAAGCCAAAGGGAAUUCCCAAAACGAAAGUACUGAACCAACAGUAGCCAGUAUUAUCAGAUUCUAGGCAGUUUUAUAUUUAAAUAAUACAUCAGAUUUAUAAAGGAAAAGGUGGUCAUUGUUAAAUGUUCACUGUGAAUGUUAUUUUCAAGAUUUAUGAAAUCACAGUGAGAUUUAGUUUUUUUUUAAAUUUGUACUGGUCUCUGAAAAUGUAGAAGAAAUAAUUAUAAACAAGAUUUUGGACAUCGGGUUCUAAACAGAGACGAGUAUUAGAGGAUUUCUCCUCUACAAACUGGCAUACUCUAUAGAGACAUGUUUGGUCUCAUAGUUACCAAAUUUGAUGCCAUAAUUCGAUUAUGGAUAUUGCUAGGCAUAACUUGCCUUUUCAUGUAUGUUUUUUGCAAAUGCAUUUGAAAUUGCAGGUCAUAUAUGGGAACUAUCAAAACUGACAAUCAAGGCAGAACUAUGUUUAAGUGAGAAGAGUUUUUUUAAAAAAAAGUAUUUCCCAAAACUUCCUUUCCUUGCUUCCCCUUAACUAGUCUUUGCUUUUCAAGAUGCCUCUCAUCAGUAAACACUUUUUUUGUGGUAGAAUUUGUCAAAUUGUUAAAACCCACCAAACUGCCAAAAAAAUAAAAAUCCACCAAAAUAGUCUCGCACAAAAUUGCGACUUCUUUGUUUGGAAAGGUGGACAGUUCUUUCAAAAAUGCUUAAGCCAAGAUCUAUCCUAGGAAAUUUAACCCAUUAAUGUCUGAGCUAGGAAAAGUGCUCCGCUUUCUGGCAGAUAUUGUGGCUGUUGUUGCUUUUUGUACUUGAACCAUACAGCUUGUAUUGAUCUGGCCAGCUCUGGUGAUUUACCUUGUAUCUUUGACUUGUGAAGGAAAGCCCGGGCUGAGACUCGAGCUUUCAUUGUCCUUUGGUUUGCCUGUGACUACUUAGUUGGCUGCCAUAUAAUUGCCACAGGAUUUAACUGAUCAGUUUUGUGAACAACUUCAAAGUUUAAACUUUGCAAUACCUUUUCAGUUUGUGUUAGAUGCAAAGAACUUUAUAUCACAUGAUGCAUGACUACUCUUUGUACAGUCGCUAAAUAUACCUUAGCAUUUUUGGAACAGAUUGUGCCUCGUAAUUGUUGGAGUUCUUUGACCUAGUGUUCUCAUUCAUGGUGGUAUUCUGAAAAUGAGUCUGGAUUAAAAUACAGAACUUUAUACUUUCUUUGAUAGCAAAAUCCAUGUGGAGUAGCUCUUGCAUAACUAAGGUGUAAUCAGAUGUAGUAGUAAUAAAUAGUGUUCAUACUACUGUUCUACAGAAUAAAAUUGCUGAUCGUAGUUUAACAAAGUGAGGUGACAGAUUGGUUGACCUUUUUCCAAUUCUCUUUUUAAACUUUUUAAUGCAUUUUUAUUAGGAAUAUUUGGUAUAAAAUUUAGCAAGCUAUGUACAGGAUUACAAACAAGGGAUAAAAAUUAGUAUCCUUGUUGGAACACCAUUUACCUCAAUAUAUUCAACCAGCAGUACUUUUUUUUUUAAUGCACACUCAAGCCCAUAUAAGAUGUUACCUCUCAAAAUAUUGGUAAGCAAUUAUUUUAGCUUUACUCGGUACUUGUCAGUGUUCUGGGCACAGGUUGUUGUACUACUGUCAAAUUGCUCUUGCUAUUUUUCGGCAAGUAUUUAAGAAUAACCCCAUCUUGAAUAAAAGUGAUUGUGAAAUAUUGUAUAAAUGUAUGCUUCUCUUUCCCUAUUCCCACAGAACAAUGAAUAAAAAAUUAAGUGACUACUAUGA